GAGAAAGAUAAUUAAGGAAGAGCUCAUUAUGUAGUCAGAAAAUCUACCCUGCCCCAGAGAGCUUUCUCGAAAGAUGUUCUCUGACAUUUACGCCAGGAACUGGCAGACAGGGCCAGCCGGGCCCCUAACUGAGGCCAGUUCCGCGGAUGUUCAGGGGUUAAAUCUCUGCAGCUCCCCGCCGCCAUCCCACCCUGCCGCCCCCGCCUCGCGCGUGUGCGCGUGCGCGGCCUCGGGCCAUAGAGCUAAGCAAACCUCCCAGAUUCCUAGAGCGGAAGGCGCGAUGGCUGGUUUAGCGGGUGGGAGGCUUGACGGCGACCUGGAGAACACGUCAAGGUAUGGGUGAUGUCGGCUCACGGAUGGCAGAGGAACUCGGGCAAUCUGGGCUGCCCAGCGGCCUCGCAGCGCCGCCAGGGAACCUUGUACGGUUCCUUGAGUCUUUAGGGAGUCGAGGCUGUCGCCGUGGCCCCCAGGCGCCGCUCCUGGGCACUGGGAGCUGGUCGGUGCUUGGCCUGGUGUUCUUUGGAUACCCAGCCAGUCGUUGACCGGCCUUGGGUUCUAUUGAAUGAACACUAGAAACUGGAAGCGAGUGGAAUCCAGAAGCUUGGAGGCAGCCGCGCGAAUCAGCCGACGAAGGUAGGAUGUUUUUGCUGGUCUAGUCUCAGAAAUUAUAUCUUCAGUCUCUGCACUGAUUCCCUUCCGAGUCCAAUGGUGCCCAGUUGCCUCCAGGCCUCAGACUUCUAUGUGAACAAGAAAAGCUCACUGAGGAAAUGGUAAUUCUUCAGUUGCUCCCUGAGAUGUCAUGUCCGGUUGUAGUCUAUGGAGACUCAGUUCACUUAUGAGUCUUAAGAACACCUGUCAGGUUCUAAUUGUUCAUUGCUAGUAUACGGAAAUGCAAUCAGCUUUCACCUCAUAGGCUUUCUCAACUGUGAUUCUGUGAGAAAAUUAAGCCAAAAUGCUCUGAGGCAUUCGCUAUGGUGUGACUAAGGCCAGUGUUGGAGAGAUGGCUUCUAAGGAGAAAAUUACAGCAAAAGUUGAACCAUUGACUGAAGAGUCUGGCAACCCCAGAAAUGAUGUUCUCCAGGAUUCUGAAUGCAGAGAAUUCUUUGAACUUGAGGAUAAAUUCAAUGAAAAGGAUCAGAACCUCUUUAAAAGAAGACAGCACAACUGUGAUGAAUGUGGGCAAAGCUUUACUUGUAGUGCAGGCCUUAUUAGGCAUCAAAGAACCCACUGGGAGAAACCCUAUGAAUGUGAUCAGUGUGGAAAGGCCUUUAAUGUGAGCUCAGCCCUGGUUCUGCAUCAGAGAAUUCAUACUGGGGAGAAACCCUAUCCUUGUAAUUGGUGCAUUAAAAGUUUCAGUCGGAGCUCAGACCUUAUUAAACAUCAAAGAGUCCACACUGGUGAGAAACCUUACAAAUGUGAUGAAUGUGGGAAAGCCUUCAGUCAGAGCUCUGAUCUUAUUAUACAUCAGAGAAUCCAUACAGGAGAAAAACCCUAUCAAUGCAGUCAUUGUAGUAAAAGUUUUAGCCAGCGCUCAGACCUGGUUAAACAUCAGAGAAUCCAUACUGGAGAGAAGCCUUAUACAUGUAGCCAGUGUAAUAAACAUUUUAGUCAGAGUUCUGAUGUUAUAAAACAUCAAAGAAUCCACACUGGUGAGAAACCAUAUAAGUGCGAUGUGUGUGGAAAAGCCUUCAGUCAGAGCUCAGAUCUUAUUCUACAUCAGAGAAUCCACACUGGAGAGAAACCAUAUCCAUGUAAUCAGUGUAACAAAAGUUUCAGUCAGAACUCAGACCUUAUUAAACAUCGAAGGAUCCACACUGGAGAGAAACCCUAUAAAUGUAAUGAAUGUGGGAAAGCUUUUAAUCAGAGCUCAGUUCUUAUUCUGCAUCAGAGAAUCCACACUGGAGAGAAACCAUAUCCAUGUAAUCAGUGUAGCAAAACCUUCAGUAGGCUUUCAGAUCUUAUUAAUCAUCAACGAAUUCAUACUGGAGAGAAGCCUUACCCCUGUAACCAGUGCAGUAAAAUGUUUAGUCGAAGAUCGGACCUUAUUAAACAUUAUAGAAUUCAUACAGGUGAGAAACCCUAUGAGUGUGAUGAGUGUGGGAAAACCUUUAGUCAAAGCUCAAAUCUUAUUCUGCAUCAGAGAAUCCACACUGGCGAGAAACCCUAUCCGUGUAGUGAUUGUACUAAAAGUUUUAGUCGUCGUUCAGACCUUGUGAAACAUCAAAGAAUACACACUGGAGAGAAACCAUACACAUGUGAUCAGUGCAAUAAAAGUUUUAGUCAAAGCUCAGACCUCACUAAACAUCAGAGAGUACACUCUGGAGAAAAACCCUAUCAUUGUGAUUGUUGUGAGAAAGCUUUCAGUCAGAGUUCUGACCUUAUUCUUCAUCAGAGAAUUCACACUGGAGAAAAACCAUAUCCGUGCACACAGUGCAGCAAAAGUUUCAGUCAGAACUCAGACCUCAUCAAGCACCAGAGGAUCCACACUGGGGAAAAACCGUAUAAAUGUAAUGAGUGUGGGAAGGCAUUCAGUCAGUGUUCAGCUCUUGUCCUACAUCAGAGGAUCCAUACCGGGGAGAAACCAUACCCAUGUGAUCAGUGUGGCAAAGGCUUUAGUCGGAGCUCUGAUGUCAUUAACCAUCAAAGAAUCCACACGAAUGAAAAUCCAUAUAAAUGUGAUGUGUGUAGAAAAGCCUUCAGCACAUGCACUGAUCUUACUGAACACCAGAGAAUCCACACGAGAAAGAAACCCCACAGGUGCGUUCAGUGCAGUAGAAGUUUUAGCCGGCUCUCUGAUCUUAAUCAUCAUGAGAAAAUUCAUUCUGGGGAAAACACUUUGAAUGUGGGAAAACCUUUAGUGUAUACCCCAACUUUAUUCAGUACUAGAGAUGCUCUGCCAGAAAAAAAUCUUAGGAAUGCUAUUGAUUAUGAUAAAGGUUUUAAUCAAUGUUCAGCUCUCAUGCUACAUUAAACACACACACACACACACACUACAGAGAAAACAUAGUAAUUCAAUUUUUGUAAUGAAAAGCUUAACUCAGAGCUCAGACAUUACUAAAGAAAAAUUCUGAGAAUGAAUCCUGUGGGUAGAGGGAAGAAAAUCUUUAAUGUGAAAAAAAUUUUAUGAAUGUCAGCAACAAUGGAAAAAAAUUUCUGUCUGCUGUAAUGUUAAGAAAAGCUCUAGUCUUUUAAUCAAACACAGUCCACAAGAGGAAAGUUUCUAUCAUUAUAAGAAAUGUCUAACAGUGUUAAUGCAGAAUGUUACCAGAUAUUGUAAAAAUCAGUGUGGUGGUGUGUGUAAUCAGAGUGCAGAAAGAAAUGUAUUAGUGUUAUAAUCUCACACCUUUAGUGAGCCCAGAUCACCAGUUGCAGAGAAGUUAUUUUAGAGAAUGUAGGGAAAACUUAAACCCUUCCGUUAUCUUGUCGUUCACUCUGAUAACUGGCAUACUACUUAUCUCCUGACAGCUGGAGAGUUCUACUUUAUGCUAAUUCUAGCUAUUAAAUUCCCUGUGUGUGAACAUGCUAUGCUAUUCUGGUAUGAAACUUGUUAACUAUAAAACUCUAGUGCCCCAUUUUCUGAAAGGUUUUUUUUUUUUUUUUUUGCCAAGUUUUGUUCUUCCUAGUGAGCACAAGUUUUCAAGUUUCUGUGAUGUUCACAGCAAACAUGAAUUUGUUUUGCUCUUAAUAAUGCAGCCCAUCCAUAAACUUUAGAGGUCUGAAAUUAUUUCAACACUACCAUUUAAUUGCAGUUUCUGAAUAUAUGAAAUAAUUGUUUUAAAUUCCAUAUGUUAAAGUAUGAAGAUUACUACUAUGUGUAUCCUGUCAUCUAUAGAUUGAACAAAAUGUUAGCUAAAGUAAUAACCUUCAUGACUAAUUCAUAUAGCAUAUCCUGUUUACAAGUAAAAAGAUCUGUUGAUCUUUUUUUAAUGGCAACAUUCAUCAGACUUUGUUUUCUUUGUUGACUUCUUACAUACAUACUGAUAAUAGGCUAUGUAUACUUGAUAUUUUCAACUGAAAAACAGUUUUUUAAAAGUAAGAAAACCUGUCUUUCUGGUAUUAACCAUUUGUUAAAAUUCUGCUACUGUCAUUUACUUUGACUAUCCCCCAUAAUUAUCCAAUUAAUAUUUUAAUACACAUUGUUAAAUUAUUA